GGAUUUUGGUUAUAGUUUUCCGUGCGAUGGCCCAGGCCGAGGCGGUACUUGUGAUAUUUCGGCAUGGGAUGCAUUUUAUUUGGCAGUUUUUUGGAUGUUAAAUACUAUUGGUUGGGUUACUUUUUAUUGGCAUUGGAAACACAUAAACCUUAUGGCAGGGUAAUGUUUCACAGUUUAAUGAAUCUUCCACUUAUUUGAUGGGCUGGUUAAGAGAUUAUUUAUGGUUAAAUUCUUCACAACUUAUCAACGGAUAUAAUCCUUUUGGUAUGAAUAGUUUAUCUGUCUGGGCAUGGAUGUUCUUAUUUGGACAUCUUAUUUGGGCUACUGGAUUUAUGUUCUUAAUUUCUUGGCGAGGCUAUUGGCAGGAAUUAAUUGAAACUUUAGCAUGGGCUCACGAACGUACACCUUUGGCAAAUUUGAUUAGAUGGAGAGAUAAACCGGUGGCUCUUUCUAUUGUGCAAGCAAGAUUAGUCGGAUUAGCCCACUUUUCUGUAGGUUAUAUAUUGACUUAUGCUGCGUUCUUAAUUGCCUCUACAUCGGGUAAAUUUGGUUAAAUUGCCUGUGUUUUGUAUCCUUGAAAAUAUCAUUUUUUUUUUUUAUGUAAGGGGUUUUUAUUUCUACAUCUAGGAUUACACUUAUAUACUUAUAUUAUGUAUACGAUACUAAUAGGAACUUAAUAUUUAUGGCACGAAAAAGUUUGAUUCAGCGAGAUCAAAAAAGGAAAAAAUUGGAACGAAAAUAUUAUUUGAUUCGUCAAGCCUUAAAAAAAGAAAUACGCGAAGUUCCUUUGUUAAGUGACAAAUGGAAAAUUUAUGAGAAAUUACAAUCCCCACCGCGGAAUAGUGCACCUACGCGCCUUCGUCGACGUUGUUUUUUGACCGGAAGGCCAAGAGGUAACUAUCGAGACUUUUGGAUUAUCCGGACACAUACUUCGUGAAAUGGUUCAAGCAUGUCUGUUGCCAGGAACAAGAAGAUCGAGUUGGUAAAGAUAAACACUUGCUUUCUAGGAUAAAUGGUACUCGGGGCCCCUUUACUUUUCUGUAUAAAUAGGUUAUUCUUUUUAUAAAGUAUAGGGAGGGGUCCAGUCAAUCUGUGUUUUUCUAUUUAUAUUUAUAUAUUCAUUUUAAAAAUUUGAAGUCUUUAUGCUAAAGCUUCAGGGCGGAGUAGAGCAGUCUGGUAGCUCGCAAGGCUCAUAACCUUGAGGUCACGGGUUCAAAUCCUGUCUUCGCAACAUCGUCUUUUGCCAAAAAAUUUCUGGAUUGCCUUCAUUAACUCAUUUUAAAUAACACACCCUUUACUAGCACGAACAAUUCAAUUCUUUUUUUCUUUUCAAAUACAAAACAGAUAAAAAAGGUAAUAAAUAGUAAUAAUGGAUUAAAUUCCUCUUUCAUUUGGAUAUUUUGCGGAUAGCGGGAAUCGAACCCGCAUCUUCUCCUUGGCAAAGAGAAAUUUUACCAUUCAACCAUAUCCACGGUUUUUC